UAAAUAGAGGUCCAUGGCCACACUUACACACGAAAACUCACAGCUCUCUCUCUCUCUCUCUCCGAUCUCACUCAGAAAAGCGAAUUCUAAAAAGAUUCCUAACUUUUUUUUUCUGCAAGUGAAUGCAGAGAUGAUGAUGGAAGAGAAACUUGUGAUCAGUGAACUGGAACUAGGGAAAGAUCUCGCCAAUCGAUUGAUGAACAAUCUCAAACACUCUUCUUCUUCUUCUUCUUCUUCUUCUUCUUCUGAUUCCAACAAAACCUUGAUCUCUGAGAUCCUCCGUAUUUACCAGAACGCCAUUUUCAUGUUGAGCCUCAACGAAGACAAGAACCCCCUUAAACGAAGAAGCCCUGAUCACAAGGAUUCUAAUUUCGUCUUCAAAAAGAGGAAAACAUCAUCAGAGCAGCAGAAGACAGAGAAAGUUAAGGUUUUUGUCGCAUCAGGACAAGAUAAUGGUUCAAUCGACGAUGGUCAUUGCUGGAGAAAAUAUGGACAAAAAGAGAUUCAUGGAUCCAAAAAUCCUAGAGCAUAUUACAGAUGCACGCAUCGAUUCACACAACACUGUUUAGCAGUGAAGCAAGUCCAGAAAUCAGACACAGAUCCUUCCGUUUUCCAAGUGAAGUACGUCGGAGACCAUACUUGUAACAACAUCGCAUCCCCCAAGGCGACGACCAUCAACUUCUCUGUUUCAAUGUUCGGAGAAGUAAACAGAGCGAAUGUCACAGAGCAUUCCGAAGACGUCAAACCGAAGAAACCCGAAGAAGUGAUGAUCAAUCUUGAAGAUCUGGAGAACAAGAAGAACAUUUUCAGAACGUUUUCGUUCCCGAACCAUGAGAUUGAGAACACAGACUGGAAAAGUAACAUUUUCACAGUGGGAGAGCUUUCUCCAGCGACAUCAGGAUCUAGAAUCACAAGCGAGAUUGUAUCCGCACCUGCUUCUGUUGAGAAUGCCGAAACUGCAGAUUCGUAUUUCUCAUCGUUGGAAAAUAUUAUCGAUCCGGAUUGGUUGUGGUCGGAGCUUUGAUUGGUGAAUAUGUAAUGUCUCUUUUAAGAAUUAAGAUGAUGACAGUAAUUAUAUUAGAUGAUGCGUGUUUUAAUUUCAGGGUUAUAUAGUAUUAGCUUAUUUUUUGCCGAUGGAUUAGAUUUGGCUUUUUAGGAUUUUACAUAAUUUCGGCCCUUUUCUUCUUCUUCUUUUUUUGGUUCAGCAGGGUUUAUGAAUUUAUUUCCCCUAUGAAGUUGUGAUUGUACUUUAUCACAAUUAAUAAAGAAAGGAUUGUGUUAAGGUUUGUUCA